AUGCUUCCAUUUGAAAAAGCAAUUAUUAAAGAAGAGGUAGAAAUAAUUGACGUAGUGGAAGAGGUACAAAACAUAAAGGUAGAAAAAAAUGAAAAGAGCGGAGAAGCAGUCAAUACAAAUAAUGUUGAAGCUGAUGUCACUCAAUCAGUAGAAAAAACAUGUAAUAUGACAACUACCAUAAAUACUGUGUAUUUUGAGCAUAAGGAAUCAUCAGACGAUCAAAGUAAUUCUGAAGCUUCUACCUCACAAACAAAAUGUCCAACAGAAAGUCAUCCUGACUUAAAUGCAGUUGGACCAAGACAAUUUGUUCAACAAAACAAUUCAACAGAUCAAAUUUUGACUGCUUUAAGAUUUUAUGCAGUUGGCUGCUAUCAGGGUUCAAUAGCGGAGCAGUGGGAUAUAGCAACGAGCCAACCAUCUGUUAGCCGUUGUGUCAGAAAAGUGAGCAAUGCGAUUAAUGAGCUUCUUCUCAGACAAUGGGUUAGAUUUCCCAUGACGAACGAAGAACGUUUUAUCGUAAAAGAAAAAUUUCGAACCGCACCUCAGCCUUUUAUCGGAGCUAUUGGAGCAAUAGACUGCACCCACGUAAACAUCAUAGCACCACGUGAACAUGAAGAAGCUUACGUAAAUCAUUGGGGUGAUCAUUCACUCAAUGUACAAGCGAUUUGUGAUCCUGAUUUAAAAAUUCUCAACGUGAACGCAAGAUAUCCAGGAGCACGUCAUGAUGCAUACAUUUGGUCUAAUUCACCAGUACGUCGCGUUAUGGAACGGCGUUUUGAAAAUGGAGAACGCAAUACUUGGUUAAUUGGUGAUGAUGGCUACGGUUUAGAACCUUGGCUAAUGACACCUCUAAAACAUGAAGUACCAGGAUCGCCUCGAUAUCGUUAUAACGAUGAUUUGUGCAGCGCUAGAUCGUGCGUUGAAAGACUUUUUGGUGUAUGGAAAUCUGUUUUCAGAUGUCUGUCUGCUCAGAGGCAAUUAAUGUAUGAGCCUGGUAUGGCAGGCAAAAUAGUCAACGCAUGUGCUGUUCUUCAUAACAUGAGAAUUGCACAUAGAAUAUACGACAUAGAUCUUGAUGAGGAUUUUAUUCAUGAUCUGAACAGACAAAAUAUCUUUGAGAAUGAAGACCGACAGUAUGAAUAUCAGGGACGUGCAACCGCAAUUCGUAUACAAGAAAGAUUUAUUGCUCGUCAAUAUGGAAGAGAUUAA